AUGGGCCUCAUCGACAAGCUACAAGCCAAACUCGAGCUCUACCGCCUCGAGCAGCGCUACGCCCGCCGCAAACACCGCAGUAACUUCUCCACGGGCGCUCAAUACGUCGAUGGCGAAUAUGUCUACUCAGGUGCCAGUUCGCCAACCAGUACCGUGUCCAAACAGUCUACCGGGAGCUGGCGGCCAACGUGGGGAAGUCAGACGUCGCGAUGA